AUGAAGUUUAUGGUUAAAACAUCACUUGGUAUAUUUGUUUUACUUGUUUUAAUCGAUGCGGAUGUAGCAAAGUCAAAUAUUAAUUUAAAUGAACGAUGUCAGGCUCCUAAAUGCAAUUCAUUGACUGAGAUUUGUCGUAAAAAUCCAAAAUGUGAUGAUAGUAAUCAAGAUGAUGUAUCGAAAUGUUAUUAUUGUGCUUUAAAAGAUGAUUUAAAUCAAAAAACAGUUUCUAAAACUUUACUCGCUUCAUCAAUUUCACAACAACAAUUACCAUUAGCACCACGUUUAUUAGCUAAAUCAGGUAAUCCACAACUUUUAAUUGACAAUCAUGAUGCUUCAACUACGUCAACGAUAUUUAAAUCAAACAACAACAAUAAUAAAACAUCCGAUGAAUUAUCUUAUGAUGAUUAUUAUGAAUAUGAUGAAGAUGAAACAUCAGAUAAAAAUGAAUUCGGUGAAGAAGAUGAAUAUCUUGAUGAUUAUGCUGAACCAAUAGAUUCAAUUAUUCAAGGUUCGGAUACAAUUCGCAAAUUAGGUAUUUGUCCAAAAAUUGUUGAAACUAUUGAUAAAUGUGAUCCAACAAAAAUCAUUCAAUCUGAUUGUCGUUUUGAUACGGAUUGUCCAGGUGAUCAUAAAUGCUGUGAAGCAUCAUGUGGACAACGUGUUUGUCGUGCACCUAUGAUAAAAACUGUUUCUGUUUGUCCAUCAUCGUUUACCUGUACACUUAAUUGUCGACUUGGUUAUAGAACUGAUUCUAAUGGAUGUCUUUUAUGUGAAUGUCAAUCAUGUCCAUCAAUGGAUCAUUGCAGUAAAAAUUGUCCAUCCGGAUAUUUAAAAGAUUUAUUCGGAUGUGAUAUAUGUGAAUGUAGUGAUCAAUGUCCACCAUUUUCUUGUGGUUUAAAAUGUCCAACAGAUAUUGGUUAUGCAAAAUCCUCUGAUGGUUGUCUAUUAUGUCAAUGUGCAACUACAAAAUCAAAACCAACUGAAUAUACGUCUUCUUGUCAAGAUGAUGUUCAUUGUCCUCCAGGGUUUCGAUGUCUCAAUGAUGCGCGUAAUGUGCCUAUGUGUCAAGCAGUUCCUGAGGCUGAUGGACCACCGGCACCAACUCAAGAAUGCCCGAACAAUUUGGCUACCACUUGUACUCUUCGAUGUACAAACGGAAAUUAUUUACUUGAUACAAAAGGAUGUCCAACAUGUGCAUGUGCUUCCGAUACAGCUAUAAAACCGAAUGACCAGUCUGCAAAUAAUUGUCCAUUACGUAAAUGUAAAGCAAGUUGUGCAGACAAUAGUUAUAAAGUCGAUGACAAAGGCUGUCGAACAUGUGAAUGUACAGCAAAACCUCGUGUUGAAUGUUCAGGUGUCAUGUGUCGUAUGUUUUGUGUUAAUGGUUUUCGUCGAGAUGAAAAUGGAUGUGAAGUUUGUCAAUGUAAUGAUGAUCCUCAACCAUGUCCAAAAUUAAAUUGUCAAAAAACAUGUUCCAAUGGUUAUCGAAAAGAUUAUAGUGGUUGUCAAACAUGUCAAUGCUAUUGUCCAUCAUUCAUUUGUACAAAUAGUUGUACAAAUGGUAUCGAAUUAGAUGAAAAUAAUUGUCCAACAUGCAAAUGUAAAGAUGAUGAUAUCAAGAAUAUAAUUGAUAAAGAUAAUUGUCCACCAAUGACAAAAUGCGAUGCUGUUUGUAAAUAUGGUUAUGAACGUGAUUUAUCUGGUUGCGAAUUAUGUUCAUGUAAUAAUUGUCCAUUACAUACAUGUCGAAUGUUUUGUAUGUAUGGUUUUAAAAAGAAUAGUGAUGGUUGUGAUGUAUGUGAAUGUGAUUGGACACCUGUUUCAGAAAAUCUUCAAUGUAGUGAGAGAAUUCCAUGCACGGGCAAUCGUGUAUGUAAUCUAAAUUUAAAUCUAUGUGAAUUGGUUAGUGCCGAUAAAGUUAACUGGUUUAUUUAUGAUUUUGAUAUUGAUACGAAAUUUUUUAAUGAUCCAAAGUUUGUUAGCUUAUUUAAAAGCGGUUUAAUUAAUAAUAUUGCCGUUAAAUAUGAUUUGGAACCAACACAAAUAAUCGUAUCAGCAGUGGAAAAUAGUGGUUUAACAUCAUUUCAAGUAAUGCCGUAUUAUGUUGAAAAUAUGGAUGAUUUUCAAAAGAAAAUGGAUCAAAUUGAUAACGAUUUAACUUCAAACGAAUUUCUUAAACUUUUACCAUCGGUUGCAAGUAGAGUUGUAAAACCUACAAUUAAACCAAACGAUUCAAAAUGGAGUCGUUUUGUCGAAAAGAAUCUUUAUAGAAUACUUUAUACAAUUGCUGUUUUAAUUGGAUUUGUUGCAGCAAUUUUUGCUGGAAUAUUUGUUUUCAUAUUCCGUCGUCGUAUUCAAUAUCCACAUCGUUCAGAAUCGAAAUCGCCUAUAUUCGAUACACCAUAUCAUCAAGCACCAACAGACGAAGAUCAAUAUCAUGCUGUACAUGCCCCUGAUGGUACAGCAUAUGUUGUCGUUGAAAGUGAAGAUAUAAGCGCACCGAACGAUAAACGAGCAUUGGUUUAA